GUUUCGGGAGCUUGGCAACGUCUCUCCUGGCGGAGCCAGGUGUGUCCAAACCUGCAGCGGACCAAACGCUCGCAGAUGUCUCCGGGCUCAGUAGUCACCGCGCGGCCGGAUGUCAGGAGGCACUCCUCGUUGCCGCACGACGUCUCGGGCGGCAGUCACUCCGCGAUCCGCCGGCUGAGGGAGAUACUCUCUGUUUACAUUUAGUUUGGACCCCCACCACCCCCCCUCCUCCUCCCCUGCUCUCCCCUCCACACACACACACACACACACACACACCCAGACCCGGGGACGGAGCGGCGCGUUGGAGAGAGGGACACCUGAAUCGGUCCUCUUGAAGCCAUCUCGCCGCUUUUUUUUUUUGUUGCUUUUUUUUGGGGGGGGGGGAGCGGGGAGCGCGCGCGCUCGGAUUUAUCGCAGCCCGGGCGGCUGUGCGCGCACAAACCCGUAGGAUGACGCACCUCCGCGGCGGAUUCCCGGGGUAAAAAUCGGGCUCCUACAUGUCAUGGAUAUGAAACCCCCCCCAGCAGCAGCAGCAGCAGCAGCAGCAGGUCGAGAGAACCACACGGGAGGUUCAAUCAGGCCGCGUCUCUCCGUCUAACGACACCGAGCCGAGGUGCCCACUUUGAUCGCUAGCCGCACGCGCAGGAGGAGCAGGAGCAGCAGGAGCAGGAGGAGCAGCCAUGUCCAGGACGCUGAAGAAGAAGAAACACUGGUCCGGCAAAGUGGUGGAGUGCGCGGUGUCAUGGGGGAACCUGGGGGACUUCGGCACCGUGGUGGAGGUUCUCGGAGGAGCCGAGCUGGGGCAGUUCCCCUACCUGGGCCAGAUGAAGCUGGACGUGCUGGUGUGUCACGUGGGGAAGCUGCCCUACUACGGAGACGUCCUGCUGGAGGUGAACGGGACGCCCGUCAGUGGACUUACAAACCGGGACACCCUGGCAGUCAUCCGCCACUUUCGGGAGCCGGUUCGCUUGAAGACGGUGAAACCAGGUAAAGUAUUGAACACGGACCUGCGCCACUACCUCAGUCUGCAGUUCCAGAAGGGCUCGCUGGACCACAAGCUCCAACAGAUCAUACGGGACAACCUCUACCUGCGCACCAUCCCCUGUACCACGCGGCUCCCGCGGGAGACGGAGGUGCCCGGAGUGGACUACAACUUCAUCAGUGUGGGAGACUUCAGGAUCCUGGAGGAGAGCGGACUCCUCCUGGAGAGCGGCACCUAUGACGGAAACUACUACGGGACCCCGAAGCCGCCGGCGGAGCCCAACCUGGUGCAGCCGGACCUGGUGGAUCAGGUGCUUUUUGAUGAAGACUACGGCGGCGAGAUGCCCAGGAAACGCACCACCUCCGUCAGUAAGAUGGACAGGAAGGACAGCGCGGUCCCCGAGGAGGAGGACGACGACGAGAGGCCACCGCUGGUCAACGGACUGCCUGAGCACAAAGAGGGCGCCCACUGGAGGAAAGCGGUGCCCAGCUACAACCAGUCCAGCAGCGCCAUGGACUUCCGCACCUGGAGCUCCCUGCCCCGCGACGACAGCCUGGAGCCGCUGCCCCUCAACUAGAUGGCUUACACUGAGACCGGCAUGGUCUACUUCAUAGAUCACAACACCAAGACGACCACGUGGCUGGACCCCCGCUUGGCGAAGAAGGCGAAGCCCCCGGAGAAGUGCGAGGAUGGGGCUUCUUACGGCUGGGAGGAGAUCGACGACCCGCAGUACGGCACAUACUACGUCGACCACAUCAACCAGAAAACCCAGUUUGAGAACCCGGUCCUGGAGGCGAAGAAGAAGCUGAGCCAGGAGACGGCUGUGAUCCAACAAGCUGCAGCAGCACCUUCCCAAGGUAAGGGAGGUGCGUUCGGCUUCACCUCCGACCCCAGCGAGCUGCAGGGCGAACUGUACCACACGGCGCUGAAGAAGAGCUCCCAGGGAUUCGGAUUCACCAUCAUCGGCGGCGAUCGCACCGACGAGUUCCUGCAGGUGAAAAACGUGCUGAGCGACGGCCCCGCCGCCCACGACAAGAAGAUGGCGUCCGGUGAUGUCAUCGUUGAGAUUAACGGGAUUUCCGUGCUGGGCAAAACGCAUCCAGAGGUGGUGCAGAUGUUCCAAUCCAUCCACAUCAACCAGUAUGUGGACAUGGUGCUCUGCCGCGGCUACCCGCUCCCCCCGGAUGUGGAUCUGAACAGCGACGACCCCCUCCCGCCGCCGCCUCUCCCGCCGGCCGCCCAGCCCCAGCAGGCCCUGCACGGCGGCGAGGUGGUGACCGCCGUGCCCCUCAUCAACGGGCAGCCGCUGCUGGUGAAGGGCGACGUCCUCCACGGCUCCUCUCAGGAGCUCCACUACGUCACCACCGACGCCAGCGGGCGGCCCGUGGUGGCGGCCCUGCCCAACGGGAGGCACGGGGACGCCGCCGCGGGGACGACGCCGCCGCAGCCGGAGCUGGCGAGCGUGCCGCUGAUCAAGGGGCCCGGAGGGUUCGGGUUCGCCAUAGCCGACUGCCCGCUGGGCCAGAAGGUCAAGAUGAUCCUGGACGCCCAGUGGUGCCGCGGCCUGCAGAAAGGCGACGUCAUCAAGGAGGUCAACGGGCAGAAUGUCCAGACGCUCAGUCACGCCCAGGUGGUGGACAUUCUCAAGGACUUACCGGUCGGCAGCGAGGUCAACGUGGUCGUUCUGCGAGGAGGUCAAACAUCUCCCGUGAAGAGUCUUAAGCCUAGACAGGAAAUGACCGCCAGCACAGAGACGUUGGACGCCAUCCCGGACGCGGCGCCCCAGGCGCUGCCCUACCACUCCAACGCGAGCCCGCUGCGCUCCGCCGUCUCCCCAAGCGAGAAGCCGCGGGAGAUGUACCUGAAGUCCAAAGCCCUGCUGGAGAGCAGACAGCCUCACACCAAAGACAUCGACGUGUUUCUGAAGAGGGACAUCGAAACGGGCUUCGGGUUCCGUGUCCUCGGGGGAGAAGGCCCACAGCAGCCGAAUAUCUUCCCCCAGGUGUACAUCGGGGCCAUCGUGCCCAACGGCGCCGCGGAGAAGGACGGCCGCCUGCGAGCCGGAGACGAGCUCAUCGGCAUCGACGGCGUGAUGGUCAAAGGUCGCUCCCACAAGCAGGUGCUGGACCUGAUGACCAACGCGGCGCGGAACGGGCAGGUCAUGUUGACCGUGCAGAAGGUCGUCUACAGAGAUGCGACGGAGGAGGAGGCUCUGGAGAUGGCGCCGGUGCUGGUGAACGGCUCCCCCAAGCUGCCCCGCCUGCCGAUGCCCGGCGCCCUGGACCACGAGUCCUUCGACAUCACCCUCCACCGCAGAGACUCGGAGGGCUUCGGCUUCGUCAUCCUCACCUCCAAGAGCAAGCCGCCGUACGGGGUCAUUCCGCACAAGAUCGGGCGGAUCAUCGCCGGCAGCCCGACGGACCGCUGCGGCCUGCUGCACGUCGGCGAUCGCAUCUCGGCGGUGAACGGGCGCUCCAUCGUCGAGCUCUCUCACAACGACAUCGUCCAGCUCAUCAAGGGCGGCACCGUGGUCACCCUCACCGUGGUUCCGGAGGACGAAUACAAGGGCCCCCCAUCUGGAGCCAGUUCAGCCAAACAGAGUCCAGCGCCGCAGCACAGAGCCAUCGGGCCGAGGUCGACCCUGCAGGAUGAGCGUUACAGCAUGGAGCUGGAAGAGAAGAGGGAGGGGGUCGACUGGUCUGAACCCAGGAGCCUCUCCCUCAGUGAGCAGGGAACCAUGUGUGUGACGGGACCCAACCAGGGCUGUCUGACGGUGGAGCUGGAGAGGGGGCGGGGCUUCGGCUUUAGUCUGCGAGGGGGAACCGAGUACAAUGGCCUCUACAUCCUCCGACUGGCCGAGGACGGAGCCGCUCAGCUGGACGGACGCAUCCACGUUGGAGACGAGAUAGUGGAGAUCAACGGGGAGCCGGCGCGCGGCAUCUCCCACACGCGGGCCAUCGAGCUGAUCCAGGCCGGAGGAAGCAAAGUGGUGGUGCUGCUGCGACCCGGGGCGGGCCUGGCCCAGGACGCCGGUCGCCGCGAUCGAAAACUCAUUUCACCCACAGGCAACUCGGGGGAAGUGUUUCUCUCAAAUCCAUCCUCUGCACAUCCAACCGGGGCUUCCAUCUCCGCUCGCUCUCCCUUCUCCGGCAAACUCAAACAUUCCCACAGCUGCAGCAACAUCUCCGCGCCGGGCGCCAGGCAGCGCAGCGCCAGCAGCGGCGCUUUGCGCGGCGUGCAGGAGCGGGCCGCGGCGCUCUCCCCCGCCUCCCCCGAGCACGCGACCUUCUGCAAGAGGACCAGGCCCUUGAAAGACCCCCGAGAGCAAAGCAGCCCAAAGAGAACCGGGGAGAUGUUUCCUCAAUCCAAAGAGCAACACCGCGGGCCCACAAGGGCCGACGGUCCUCCUCCUCGAGGCGGGCGGCGAGCGGCCUCGACCCCGCAGCUGGCGGAGCCGCGCGGCGAGAAGGCGAGCGGCCCGGGGGGGGCGGGCGUUGAGGCGAGGCGAUAUUCGCAGAGGCGCGAGGCGGAAGGGAGGGUGGAGCAGGGCAGGCCUGUCCGGGAGCAGCAGCAGAAGAAGGAAAGUUUCAAAAGGAGGGUGGAGGGAAGGUCUCAAACCCUCAGGAGCCCUCCGCGUGCGGGCGGCGAGGGCGAGACGGAGAGGGGUCCCGGUAAGGAGGCGGGGCAGCGAGGCGCCGGCGGCAGGAACGGGUCGACGGAGGAGCGCAGCGCGGGCAAAGAAGGCGUCAAGAAGAGGGAGUCGCUGCUGUCGUUUAAAGGGAUGUGGAGCAGAAGAAGCUCCGUGGUGUCGCCGCGGGAGGCGGGGGGAGGAGACGACCCGUUUUCUCCCUCCAAAGGAGACUCUCCGGGGGCGCCGCAGAGCCAAAAGAGACCCGUCAACCCCGGCCCCUGGAAGGUGCCCAGCUCGGCCAGGAUCCUCUCCAGGGAAGAGGUCCUCCGUGACCCGUGUGGAUUCUCAGCAGCGCCCUGAGCAACGUGCUUCCAUAAAACACACAAGAGACGCUUCUACUGCCUUUGGGCCGCCUCCACGUUUGUCUUUGGGUCUUCUUCUUCUCUCUUUUUUUUUUUUUUUUGAAGAAGCAUGUAGCAGCUCCCCUUCCCCGCCUUGUCCGCUGC